CCCUUGUGUCUGGAGUUGAAAGAAGUAUGACUUCAUGUCGUCUUUGUUUGAAAGAAUAUAAAACUGUAAGGAAAGUAGACAUCUCUUGUGGCCUAUGGAGUUGCAGAGGCUGCACAAAAUUGGCUUCCAACUCCUUAAUCGUGAUAUUGAUAGUGUUAAUAAUGACGACAGGAAAAAAAAGUGUGUAAAUAGAUCGGUGUGUGACAAGUGCUAUAGAGGAAUAGGAGUACUGGAGAAAGCAAAAGAACUCAGAUUGAGGUGGAAAAACUGUAGAUUUAAACAAAAAUGUAAAUUUGCUGACGAUCAGGUAAUUCAUGAGCGAUUUUUUUGUGUUAUUCUUUUCUUUGCAUCGUUGAUACUAUAUACACUAGUUUUUUUCAUAGAAUGCUUCAGAACUAGAUUCCUUAAAUAUCGUAGUUGAAAACGAGUGCAAACAGGAAAUGGCAAGAGUUGAGCGUGACAAUUUAAUGACAGACGUCUCUGUCGAUGCUUUAGUCAAUUUUAACGAGAGAGGAUGGAAGAACUUUGCCCAAUCCUGUCGGCUGCCAUAAGAGGUGCAGUAGCUGGAGAGAAAGGGUAAGAUCGAUGACUGUCCAAGAGAUACGGAGAGCAACAAAAUGUUACGAAUAUGUUCUAUACGCUUAAUAUUUUACAGGGUAUAUAUUGGACAACAAGUGGCGUGUUUCGGAAUCCUGUUCAAAGCAAGAUAUCAUAAAAGCAGAGCCUGUAUAGUCUCGCAUCGCAAUGACCAGCUGUUCAUUGCCGCUGGUGCUAAGAAGCGGGCGUUUAAAUGGUUCAAUGCCCUUGGUGUAACCAAUAGUUAUCAAACUGCAUUGAACAAAAACGAGAAAUUAGCCUGUAAUCAUGACCAAGACGUUAAAGGUUGGAAAAAUAUGAUAGAAUCCAAUGAUCCGGAGAGUGUUGGGUACCAGAUUAUUGGCGAUAAUCUAGACUACGAAGUUAACGUCAGACACCAAGGAAUCAACAAUCCCAAUAGGAGUCAUCACUGGUUUCAUUACAUAGCUGUUAAAGAUCGCGUGCACCCCUCUCAAGAUCCUAAAAGUUUUGAAGAUUACAGGCGUGCAAGUGUUCUACCAGAUAACCACACGCUCGUGAUGUUGGCAGAUAAUUUCAAGCACUUGGUAACAAGAACUAUCGUAUCCUUCAUACCAGCGUUUGAAUCUUUCAAGAAACAUACGCAGAAACAUAUAGCACAUCCAUUCGUCGAUGAAAUGUCGAAAAAAUCAGAGGUUGUUAGUCUUGGACUGUUGUUGGAGUCGGAAAACACGGCAUCUGGAAUUACUAAGAUCUUACGUCAUAUACAGAAAGAAUAUGUUCCACAAACGAUAAACGAAAACGGAAAAUUAGAGAUACUUCAACCGAUUCCUUUUGGUGGGGACCAAUUGACUGAGGAACGUUCUUAUCAACAUCAUUCGCGCUUUUCUGGAUGGCGAUACCAGCUACGAUCGUAUUGA